AUGAACGGCACUUACAAUCGUAACACUGUUUGUCUGUCCCACCAUCUAUUAACAAAAGAAUCAUUUUUUAGAAUAAAAAAAAUGAGAGUUUCUCUACGAGGUAAACAUGGCUGGAACCAGGUGUUUUCGGAUCAAUUCGGGAAAAAACGAUGGAAAUAUCUAAAAAAUGAGUUAAAGAAAAAAAAUAGACUUUUACUAUAUCAUCCACAUCUUGCACUAUCUUUUACGACAAGUGAAUACCAGUAUUGUGAUAUUGAGUAUUUCCAAGAUGUCGCAAAGGCGUAUGGUUUAAAAUCAACGGGAUUACCAGAUUGUUAUAUUGUACCAGAUGCAUUCAAUAAUAAUGCCAAUGACUUAUCGCUUAGUAUGAAACUUCCCUUAGCCUAUUUCAUUGAUGCAGCUUCCUGUAUGGCGGCUUACAUGCUGAAGGUGAAACCAGGGAAUAAAGUAUUAGAUUUUUGUGCAGCGCCUGGUGGAAAGUCAUUGAUUCUUAUGUCACAAUUAUUUCCGUGUUUGGAAGCAUUUCAUUCGAGUACCCCUGUUGAAUCGCUUCUUGUGUGCCACGAUAGGUGCACUUCUCGAGUGAAGAGGUUACAAUCAAAUAUCAUAAAACGAUGUAACCCAACAAUAUGGUCCCGUAAAUAUAUACAAAUUACUUCAUCUUCACAAAAAGCAAAAUUAUUGGGCCCAUUUGACAAAAUUCUUUUGGAUGCCCCUUGCUCAACAGAUCGUCAUGUGAUGAACGAUCCAAGCAAAUUAGUUAUGUGGAAUGAAAAGGAUGUUAAAAGAAAUGCUGAAAGACAAUUGAAUCUUAUCUUGGAGGCAUUGCCAUCUUUACGUGAUACAUCAACGGCUCGAUUACUUUAUUGUACUUGUGCACUGUCUACUAAAGAAAAUGACGGAGUUAUAGAAUCAUUGCUCACUAAAUCACAAUAUAAAAAUGUUGUUUACGCUAUUCCACCAUGUGAAUUAAUCAAGGAAAUGUAUGCAAUUUGUCCAGACGUACCAGUAAAAACCAGUCGUGAAGAGAAUGCGACAACAGGGGAUCAAACAUUCAAAAACUUGCUUUCAAAUCCAAAUGAACUACUUUCACUGUUUUUACCUGAAGAGACAAUUUAUGGAUUAAUAUUUUUACCCGAUACAUGUAGAUGCGGACCACUGUAUGUCGCUGCACUACAAUGGUGUAAUUCUAUGUAACUUUAUUUAAUCAUUUAAUCUACAAAUUUUUUAUUAAUUGAAAUUCUUUUCAACUCAGUCAUUAAAUUUUUUGAGUAACUGUUUUUUGUUGAGAUAAUUAAAUGAACGUGUUUUGGUUUAAAUGAAUUAAACUCUUAAUCGCUGCUUAUUUUCAAGUGUAGAAAAAUUUAGAGAAAUGCUGCAGAGUAUACCCGUUUUAUGGU